UGUCAACACCAUAAAUUUGCGCCCGACAGUCCAACCAAAAUCCAGGACAUGGCAACUGCCAUUUGAUUCCUAUACUACGCACAACCCCUCUCCGAAGUCAUUACCGCUUUCCCAAUACGGCCAUAUCCUCCCGUAUCCCACGAUGGCGACCUCACCCCGAGUGCGUCCUUACAAGGACUACCUUACGCCUGCAUUGCAUAGAAGAUUCGCAAUGGCGACUGCAACGUUAUUUGGCCUCUGUUAUGUGGAAUCUGUUCUGAUAGCGGAGUGGAAUUCUCGUAAGUGCCAGAUCACUGGGGCGCGCGUCAUAAUCUAACGUGUUUGGCAGUUUUCUGGAGUUGGUUUCCAUUUGGACGAGCUGGAAUUCGAACGGGCCUUCUCUUCAUACCUGCGUUUAUGAUAUUUAUUCUUCGAGUUGCCCAGCUUCACGUCGGGCUGCGGACGUCAUUCUCGGCCUGGGAGACUUUCAGAAGUUUCGCGCGCAGAUUUGAUAUUAUUCAGACCUUGGGAUGGUAUUUUCUCUCGGCGUAUUUGUUCAGCGAAAUCUAUGUCUGGUCAGCAUCAAAGGAUGCCGACCUCAACCGAAUUAAACUCCAGCACAGAACUGAUCGUCCUAUCAUCAAUGAGAAGCCUAUAUACUUGACCAGCUUUCUUUACUUCUUGGCGGCCAUUCAAUCCGGGGUUCAUCUAUUUUACGAUUACGACCGAAUUGAUAUGCCUGUUACAAAAACGAAGCCCAUAGGCUCUCCAGAGCAACUUUCACACCUUAUAGUCCCCCCGGCUACGCAGCUCAAAUCGAAGAUUCCAAGUAUACUGAUCAGCUGCUUGACACGAACCUUGGUUAUCAUGCCUUUCUUUCCAUUUCUGUACAACUACACGGUACGGAAGUUCGCUUACACCUUCACUCGCUCAUGGGCCAAAAUAUUCUGGAACUUGCCCAAGUCAAGCGCUCUUCCUACCACUGGUCCGUGGCACUGGACUGUUAUGUUGAGAACAUUUACAUCAGGUUUCUUGCUAUUGAUGCUCUGGGAGGUUGGAAAUGCUGCCUUUUCAGCAUAUGUUGCCCAGGAACCUCUAAAGAACGAUAGACCGAUUACAUAUGAAUCACGAGACCCCAACGGGAGCUUGCUGACUGGAUUGAAAGGCGUAAAGCUUCAAACUAGAGUAAGUGCCCAAAUCUGGCCCCUUUGAACCUAUAUCUGACAAUUCAAAGGCAUUCGCAUUUUGGGAGCUCGUAUACAUAGCGCAGCGCUUUGAAGGCCGGCGAAAGAAUAUUUAUGAAGAUAUUGACAGAACUGGAGGUUCAACCUGGUCUCAAAUUCUUUCUGCCUGUCUAGACGUCAUUAAAGGAAUGGACUCGCGCAUAGCUGAAUACCAAAGUCCUACAGCCUCUGCCUCGGAUAAAAAUUUAGGGUUCAAAGACUCCGCUACUUCAACGGAAUCAGAGCCCCUUCCGCGGAUGGUUGCACCUUUACAAGAUGGCCUCAGACAAGCGGGAGACAUCUUUAGUCAGAGCCCACCACCGAGGAAAGAAAGCCAACGUUCCGUGGAAGCUCUAGGUCGGUUUGCGAAGAGACACGGACAAUCACCAAAUGAAGGCCUAUCAUUAAAGUCCAAGGCACUCCUUUCCAAGGCGGAAAGCUCCGUCCUAAGUGAAAGGCAAAAGCAGGCACUCUCUGCUCAAGGCUUAGCAGGUUUAUUUAAAGAGCAAAUAACCUGGAUUCUUCAGAGCAGACUUGGUUGGCCUUUUAGACAAGAGUACAGGAGGAGGAUUGCUGCAGUUGUGCUGGGCAAUCCAUACGGUGAUGUUGGUAUUAUCGUUGAUGCCGUGGACGCCCUGUCGAGAUUUGCAGUCUGCAGUUUGACGGAAGACAAAAUUGGCCAUGUUCAAAAAGAUUUGAGGACUAUUAUAUUAACCUUCACCAACGCCAUUGAGGGGUUAGAGGCGUUCCAAAGGUCGGUUGGAUUGCACUGGACGGAUGUAGAGGGAAAGCAGGAAAGCCCAGAAGUUGAUACUAUCUUGGCGGCAUUGAGAGGUGGUCUAGGUGCACUGAUCGCGACUUUCGGUGACUACGCUGAUGGCUUGAAGUUGGGCUUAAGCGAUAUGAGGAGAGUGAGAGAAGCAGCUGGUGUUCCAGCCAAAAUUUCUAGAAAGAUAUAAGGUGGAUGAAUCUUGAAGACAGGCUACAUCUAUGUAAGAGUAGCGUUACUGUAUAAUUAGUCAAGAAAAUCCUAUCAUAUGUGAAUUCUAA